AAUGUUCACGGAGCAUGCAAUUGAAAAAUGUCCAUUUUGAUGCAAAAAAAUCUUUGAAAUUCAUCAUUUUUUCACAAUACCCAUUUCCGUUAACUUUUUGAAGGCCUUUCCUAGACUUGAACUUUUUUUUUUAACCAAAAUUUACCUUGCAAUUCUGCUUUCCAUGAACCAUUUGAACACCUAUCAUACACGUGUAUUUGUAGACGCUUGGGUUCGAACUUAGACUGCUUAAGUCAGAAUUUGGGGGAUUGGUAUCCUGAUGUGGGGAUUAAACCAAACAAACCCUCCCCGGGGGGGGGAUUCCGGUUGCAGUUUAAAGUGAGACCCAGCGCGGUAAAUGACCAUGGGCGGGGCGGGACCAGCCCGCGGACAGCGGCUCUGAGAGCGCGCCAGGUGCGCCGGCCCCGCCUACCCGAGGGCCCCGCCCCGCCUCGGGCGCCCCGCCCCUUCCCGAGCGCCCCGCCCUCCCCGGGGCGCAGGUGAAAGGCCGGGGCGUGCCGGCCUUCGCUCACCACCAUGGACGCCGUGCUGCCCGCGCCUCAGGCCGAGGUGCUGGAGGAUGUGCUGCGUGAGCAGUUCGGACCGCUACCGCGGCUGGCCGCCAUCUGCCGGCUCAAGCGGCGGCCCUCGGGCGGCUACUCGUCCACGGAGGACCUGCAGCUGGUGCUGGAGCGGCGGCGCGUGGCCAACGCCAAGGAGCGCGAGCGGAUAAAAAACCUCAACCGUGGUUUUGCCAAACUGAAGGCACUUGUGCCAUUUCUCCCCCAGAGCAGGAAGCCUAGCAAAGUUGAUAUUCUGAAAGGUGCGACUGAAUACAUACAGAUUCUCAGUGAUGUUUUGGAAGGAGCCAACGACUUGGAGAAGCAAGACUCAGAUGAGCAGAACUAUAGCAAAAAUACUUCAGAACCACCCAUAUCCUUGGCUAGAGAGCUAUCGAGAAAUGUUACUCAGCAUUCCAGCUGUGCCAUCGUCAGCUUGAAGAGUGAGGAGGAAGGGCCCUGGGCAGAACACAGUGGUGAGCCAGUGUACGCCUGUCACCACAGCAUGACGUCCACAGCUGGAGCUACCUGCCCGGCCAGAAGUCUGGCUAGAUUCCCAGAAGUAGAACUCCUGAGUCACAGACUCCAAGUGUGAGAAGUGGAAAGCCCAGGGUUACCUUCUAGAGACAAUAAAUGCAGAAUUGAAAGCUCUGGAGUCCGUUUUUUUUUUGUUGUUUUUAAUUUUGCAAUAAUUAACGUCUAAUAAUUACCCUUAACUUGCCUAUCACAGAUUAUUUUUUAAGAUUUAUUUAUUUGAAAGUUACAGUUAGAGAAGGAGAGGCAGAGAGAGAGGGAGGUCUUCCAUCGCUGGUUUACUCCCCAAUUGGCCUCAACAGCUGGAGCUGUGCCCAUCCAAAGCUGGGAGCCAGGAGCUUCCCCUGGGUCUCCCACGGUGCAGGGCUCAAAGACUUGGGCAAUCCUCCACUGCUUUCCCAGGCCAUAGCAGAGAGCUGAGUUGGAAGUGGAGAAGCCAGGACUGGAACUGGCACCCAUAUGGGAUGCUGACACUGCAGAUGGUGGCUUCACCUGCUACACCACAGUACCAGCCCCUGUCACAGAUGUUUUUAACUCAACUUUUUCCUUAUGUUCAUGCUUUGAAGAAAUAGGUGUCGGGGCCUUCAGUCUUGCUCCCAGCCCCUCCUGAGGCUGCUGUCCUCAUCCUCUCAGGACCUUGCACCUAGUAUCUCCAUCCCCCUGUUUCUCAUCACUUUGGGGAGUAGGUGAUUGUUACCCUUCCCAGGGAAAUGAAUGCGUAUCAGGAGUGCAGACUUAAACUAGAGGAAUGUGGAGUCAUAAGCAAAGGCCAAGGCAGGUUUAUAAAUACUCUGUCAAGGCCAAGUGCACCUUUGUGACAUUAGACACCCAAGCACCUUGAACAUAAAGAGGUAGAGCUUAACAUCUGCUGGGGUCCAUUCUCCACAGUUUACAUUGGCUAACUUUUUCUGGCUGCUGUACUGUAGACUGGGUGACUUAGCAACACAUUUAUUACUAUCAGUUCUAAAAGCUGGGAAGUUCAAGAUCAGAAAUGCCAUCCAGCAGCUUCAGUUUCCAAUGAGGGCUCUUGUCCUGGCUCGCAGACUGCUGCCUUUCCCUGUGUCUACCUGGCUGGGAGCUGGCUACCUCUGACCUCUCCACCUUUGUUCAUGAGGACACGCCAGUCCUAUCAGAUUAGGGUCCCACCCUUAGGACCUCAUUUAACUUUAUUUACCUCUUAAAGACCCUGUCUCCAAAUAUAGUCACGUUGAAGGUUAGGGCCACAAUACAAAUUUUGGGGGAACACAGUUCUCUUAUUUAUUUUUUUAUUUGACAGGUAGAGUUAUAGACAGAAAGGUCUUCCUUCCGUUGGUUCACUCCCCUAAUGGUGCUGCGCUGAUCUGAAGCCAGGAGCCAGGUGCUUCUCUCUGGUCUUCCAUGGGGGUGCAGGGGCCCAAGCACUUGGGCCAUCUUCCACUGCCCUCCCGGGCCACAGCAGAGAGCUGGACUGGAAGAGGAGCAACCAGGACUAGUACCCAGUGCCCCAACUGGGACUAGAACUCGGGGUGCUGGUGCUGCAGGCGGAGGAUUAGCCAAGUGAGCUGUGGCGCCGGCGGGGGAACACAGUUCUGUCUGUAGCAUUCUUUCUUUCUCCAAAAUGUGUGUCCUCAUUACACAUAGAAUAUAUCCAUUCCAACCUGACAGCCUCAAAAGAUUUAAUUCAUUGCAGCAUCAACUCUGAAGGCCAAAGUCUCAUCUAAAUGUCUGAGCUGGGCAUGGGGAAGACUUGUAGUGCAAUUCCACUGUGUAGUAGGAUUCCCAUUGUGUAGCACGGUUCUCAGCUCAGAACCUGUGACACCAGAUGAAUUCCUUGUUUCCCAGGCCUAGGUUACUCAUAUUCUUCCCAGAGUACACAUUAUACUAACCUUUUUAACUGAGUCUGUUUACUUCUGCCAAGAAUUCCUUCUCUAACUCCUCUCUGUCCUCUCAUGUUGUACUAUAAUCGGUGAGGAGAACCCAAGCCACAUCUUCAAUACUUUGAUCAAUUCACGAAGAAGUCUAAGCAGUUUCAUUGAUUGUGAGUUGUACUGUCCACAAAACAGUAGAACACAGUUCAUUCAGGCUCAUUGCCAUCUUGUAAUAAAGAUCCCCUUUCCUCCAGUUUCUAGUCACCUCUUCCUCAUUUCUGAGACUUCACCAAAAUGAUCUGUAAUGCCUAUUAGCCUCAUGUUCAUGGUUAUUUAUUGUCUAAGAGUGUGGAAGCUUUCUCUCCAACUCUCCCUCUUUCUUGUUGAAGACUUACCAAAAUCAUCUCUAGCAUAUAAAAAUAUGUAAGAUUUUAUUUACUUGAGAGGUAGAGCUAUAAAGAGUGAGACACAGAGAAAGGUCUUCUGUCCUCUAGUUUACUCCCCAAAUGGCCACAAUGGCUGGAGCUGGGCCUAUCUGAAGCCAGGAGCUUCUUCUGGGUCUCCUACAUGGGUGCAGGGGCCCAAGCACUGGGGCCAUCUUCUACUGCUUUCCUAGGCCAUAAGCAGAGAGCUGGAUCAAAGAGGAGCAGCCGGAACACGAAUUGGCACGAUGUGGGCACUGUGGGCAAAGGCUUAGCCUACUAUGUCACAGUGGCCCCAAUAUUCAUAUUUCUUCUAGCACUCCCUUUAAUUCAGUUUUUUAUGGCAUGUAUCUCAAAACCUCUACAGCCGGUACCCAUCACCGUGCUAACAGUGCCUCCAUGUUGCUAUGGAAUUUUGACUGCAGUGCCCCACUCUCAGUACCACCGUGUGUAUUUGAGUUCUCGAGAGAAAUAGGAGGUUACCUGAGCCUUUGUUGUAGGGGAUUGGCUCAGGCCAUUAGGAAGUCUCGCAGUCGGCAAGCCAGGGACUGAGGAGAGCUCAUGGUGUACAGGUGCAGGCCGAGUCCAAGGGCCUGAAAACCAGGAGUGCCAAUGCUUUAUGUUCCAGUAAAAUACCAGCAACUAGGGAAAAGACCUGAGAACUGAAGUUUGACUUGUUGGGAAAGACUGAUGUCCCGGCUCAAGCUUGUGGGAGGAGCUCCCUCUUAAUAGUGGGUGUCACAGCUUUUUUUUUUUUUUCUUCAGGCCGUCAGCUGAAUGAGUGAGGGGCACCCACGUGGGAGGGGAAUGUGCCUGUCUACAGAGAUACUCAUUCAGACACAGCCUCCGGGGCACACCAUGUUUGAUCAUGCCUGCCCUUUUCUUCUCUGCAGGGAGGA